AUGCUACGUGUUGGUGGAUCCAGAGAAACAAAUUCACAGGAGCGUCCAUGUGACAGUGAAAGGUACUGCCACCUAAAUGGAAUGCCCCCUCUGAUCCAACACUCCGACUCUCAGAGUGCUUCCAUCGGUCAGCGCGUCUUCAUCCCCUGCGUUGUCAUAUCCGGCGACCUGCCGAUGUCUAUAACCUGGCAUAAAGACGGGCGACCAAUCAACGCCAGCUUGGGUGUCACCAUAGACAACAUAGACUUUACCAGCUCAUUACGCAUUUCAAACCUGUCGGAAAUUCAUAAUGGAAGUUACACCUGCAUUGCCCGUAACGAGGCUGCUGCCGUCGAACACAGUAUACAGCUCAUCGUUAAAGUUCCACCACAUUUUGAGGUACAGCCAAGAGACCAGGAUGGCAUAUAUGGGAAAUCAGUGAUCCUGAACUGUUCGGCAAAGGGAAACCCAAUCCCCACUAUAGUAUGGAACCACUCAAAAGGUGCUGGCGUACCUCAGUUCCAGCCCAUUGCCUUGAAUUCUGGCUCACGUAUCCAGCUCCUGGAGAAGGGAUCUCUGCUCAUAAAACACGUCCUGGAGGAAGAUGCUGGAUUUUAUCUGUGCAAGGUCAGCAAUGACGUGGGAGCCGAUAUCAGCAAGAGCAUGUACCUCACCGUUAAAAUUCCUGCCAUGAUCACGUCUUACCCCAACACCACGCGAGCGGAACAGGGUCACAUGACCGAGAUGAGCUGCACUGCUCACGGUGAAAAGCCCAUCAAGGUUCGCUGGGAGAAGGAAUCUCAUAUCAUCAACCCAGACAUGAGCCGCUACGUGGUUACCGUGAAGGAAGUGGGAGAUGAGGUCAUAUCCACCCUGCAGAUUUCUGAGCGAUCUUGCAUACCGUCAGAGAAGACUCUGGCUUUUUUUCUCUGCAUUGCUAUCAACUCUUACGGUGAAGAUAAAGGAAUCAUUCAACUGAUAGUACAAGCUUCGUGGGCCUCAUCUCAAAUGACCAAAGACGUCUCCCCUCAGCUGAACCAGGCCACCAUCAUUGAACUCCACCCUGCUUCCACUUACAACAUCCUCGCAUUUUUCGGUGAAGAUCUACGUUCCAGCUUAUAUUUUGUCAAUGCAUCUCUGCAAGAGGUAGUGUUCUCAGCACCACAGGGCACUGGUGCCGUGUCCUGCAGCGGCCGUGCCCCUGCCGCGCUGCGCUGGUACCUCGCCACCGAGGAGAUCUACGAUGUCCCUGGCAUCCGCCAUGUGCACCCCAAUGGCACGCUGCAGAUCUACGGCUUCCUGCCAUCCAGCUUUAGUAACCUAAUCAAUGACAAUACAUACUACUGCACAGCGGAAAACCCAUCAGGAAAGAUCAGGAGUCAAGAUCUACACAUCAAGGCCGGUCAUAUUCGGGAGCCAUACACAGUGCGGGUGGCUGAUCAGAGAGUCAUGCGAGGGAAUACGGCGGUCUUCAAGUGCAUUAUCCCGGCCUCAGUAGAGGAGUACGUCAGUGUUGUAUCAUGGGAGAAAGACACAGUCUCACUUGUCUCAGGACCAAGAUAUCUUAUUACAUCCAUGGGGGCCUUGUAUAUUCAGGAUGUGCAGUCAGAGGACGCGGUGAAUAUUUAUCGCUGUACCACGCGGCAUCGAUACACAGGGGAGACCAGACAGAGCAACAGUGCCCGACUGCUUUUAUCAGAACCCGUGGACUCUGCUCCAGUGAUUCUGGAUGGGUUUGAACGGAGGGAGGUUAUGGUGGGUCAUCGAGUGGAGCUCCCAUGUAAAGCAUCCGGUCACGCCACACCCAGGUAUCGCUGGCUGAGGGACAACAGCCCCUUAGAAUCAGACAGCCGCUACCACCAGAGUGUAUCGGGCCUGCUCAUUGAGGCCACGCGACCCAGCGAUGCAGGCAGUUAUGUGUGUGAGGUGUGGAACAGCUUCGGGAAUGCCAAAGUGGUCGGACGGCUGGUGGUCAAACAGCCUCUGAAAGCAGUGGUGAGUCCACGGAAGGUGAGAGGCAGCGUGGGUAGCCAGGUGUCGCUGUUCUGCAGCGUGACUGGCUCUGAUGAGUAUGAAAUCACCUGGUACAGGAAUGCUGAGAAGAUCUAUCAGGGUAUCAAUGUACGUAUAACAGGCAUCAACAACGAGAACCUGGUGAUGGAGGGAAUGGCCAAGAGCGAUGGAGGAGCGUAUCAGUGCUUUGCUCGAAAUGGCAAGAUGUCCACCCAAGACUUAGUUCAGGUGGUCUUGGAAGACGGGACGCCAAAGAUCCUCUCUGCCUUCAGCGAGAAGGUGGUGAGCCCGAAUGAACCCAUAUCACUGGUGUGUCACGUGAAAGGAACCCCCCUCCCCACCGUCACCUGGACGCUGGACGACGACCCCGUCAUCAAAGACAGCAACCACCGCAUGGAUCGCAUCAUCACCACGGAAGGCCACGUGCUCAGUUACCUGAACGUGUCUCACACACAGGUCACCGAUGGGGGCGUCUAUCGUUGCACCUGCAACAACUCGGCCGGAUCGGUCUCCUACCAGGCUCGAAUAAACGUAAGAGGUCCUGCCAGUAUUCGACCAAUGAAAAAUGUCACUGCCAUCGCUGGAAGGGACACGUACAUUCACUGUCGUAUCAUUGGUUACCCAUACUACUCUAUUAAGUGGUAUAAGGAUUCCAACCUGCUCCCGUUUAACCAUCGCCAACGUGCCUUCGAGAACAACGGCACGCUGAAGCUGUCCAAUGUGCAAAAUUCGGGAGGGGAGUACACAUGCUACGUGUUGGUGGAUCCAGAGAAACAAAUUCACAGGAGCGUCCAUGUGACAGUGAAAGUGCCCCCUCUGAUCCAACACUCCGACUCUCAGAGUGCUUCCAUCGGUCAGCGCGUCUUCAUCCCCUGCGUUGUCAUAUCCGGCGACCUGCCGAUGUCUAUAACCUGGCAUAAAGACGGGCGACCAAUCAACGCCAGCUUGGGUGUCACCAUAGACAACAUAGACUUUACCAGCUCAUUACGCAUUUCAAACCUGUCGGAAAUUCAUAAUGGAAGUUACACCUGCAUUGCCCGUAACGAGGCUGCUGCCGUCGUCGAACACAGUAUACAGCUCAUCGUUAAAGUUCCACCACAUUUUGAGGUACAGCCAAGAGACCAGGAUGGCAUAUAUGGGAAAUCAGUGAUCCUGAACUGUUCGCAAAAGGGAAACCCAAUCCCCACUAUAGUAUGGAACCACUCAAAAGGUGCUGGCGUACCUCAGUUCCAGCCCAUUGCCUUGAAUUCUGGCUCACGUAUCCAGCUCCUGGAGAAGGGAUCUCUGCAUAAACACGUCCUGGAGGAAGAUGCUGGAUUUUAUCUGUGCAAGGUCAGCAAUGACGUGGGAGCCGAUAUCAGCAAGAGCAUGUACCUCACCGUUAAAAUUCCUGCCAUGAUCACGUCUUACCCCAACACCACGCGAGCGGAACAGGGUCACAUGACCGAGAUGAGCUGCACUGCUCACGGUGAAAAGCCCAUCAAGGUUCGCUGGGAGAAGGAAUCUCAUAUCAUCAACCCAGACAUGAGCCGCUACGUGGUUACCGUGAAGGAAGUGGGAGAUGAGGUCAUAUCCACCCUGCAGAUCUUGCAUACCGUCAGAGAAGACUCUGGCUUUUUCUCUUGCAUUGCUAUCAACUCUUACGGUGAAGAUAAAGGAAUCAUUCAACUGAUAGUACAAGAUCGUCCUGAUCCUCCUGAGGUUGAGAUCAGAGAAGUGAAGGACCGAACCAUUGCACUUCGCUGGACUAUGGGCUUCGAUGGCAACAGCCCCAUUACAGGAUAUGACAUCAACUAUAAAAAUAAAUCAUCUUCGUGGGCCUCAUCUCAAAUGACCAAAGACGUCUCCCCUCAGCUGAACCAGGCCACCAUCAUUGAACUCCACCCUGCUUCCACUUACAACAUCCGCAUGUUUGCCAAAAACCAGAUCGGAGAGAGCAGGCCGAGCAACGAGCUGACCAUCACCACAGAUGAAGCACCACCUGAUGGCGCUCCUCAAGAUGUGCAGCUGGAAGCAAUCUCAUCCCAAAGCAUCAAAGUCACGUGGAAGCCGCCCCUCAAACACUUGCAGAAUGGAUUGAUCCGAAGCUACCAAGUGUGUUAUCGGGAGUUUGGGACAGGGGGCAGCCCACAAUACAACACAAUCAAUGUAGACACCACAGGGGACAUCGAAACGCUCACCCUGGAUAACCUGAAGAAGUACACCCAGUAUGAGGUGCGGGUGCAAGCUGCCAAUCGGGCAGGCAUGGGUCCCACCUCGGAGGAAAUCACCAUCACCACGCUGGAGGACGUGCCCAGUCGGUCACCUGAGAACGUUGUGACGACAGCUACAACCCCUGAGACUAUCUCUCUGUCCUGGUCUGCUUUGCCCAAGGAAGCACUCAACGGCAUGCUGCUUGGAUAUCGUGUCAUCUACUGGGCCAACCUACCCGAUGGAGAACUGGGAGAAAUCAGGAACAUCACAACCACCAAGCCUUCACUAGAGUUGGAACGGCUGGAGAAGUACACCAACUACAGUAUCCAGGUCCUGGCCUUCACUCGAGCUGGAGACGGAGUCCGUAGCGAGCAGAUCUACACACGUACCAAAGAGGAUGUUCCUGGCCCUCCGGCUGGAGUUAAGGCAGCUGCUUCAACAAGCUCUGUGGUGUUUGUUUCCUGGCUUCCUCCACUCAAACUCAAUGGAAUCAUCCGGAAAUACACCGUUUUCUGUUCCAACCCAUACCCCACGGUGAUCAGUGAGUUUGAGGCUGCACCUGAUGUUUAUUUCCGUCGCUUGACCAACCUGAAUCAGAAUUGGCAGUACAGCAUUUGGGUUGUGGCGGUCACUGCGGCGGGCCGUGGGAAUGCCAGCGAAAUCAUCACCGUAGAACCCCAAGCUAAAGCCCCUGCACGAAUCCUGACGUUCAGUGGCACUGUUACCACCCCCUGGAUGAGGGACAUUGUGCUUCCAUGCAAAGCAGUCGGAGACCCUCCUCCAACCAUCAAGUGGCUAAAGGGAAAUAAUGGUACACCAGCUCCGGUUUCAAUCGACGGUCGUCGCAGUGCUCACAGCAAUGGCAGCUUUGUUAUUCGCACUGUCAAAGCAGAGGACUCUGGGUACUACAGAUGUGUUGCCAGUAACAACUGGGGUUCAGACGAAAUCAUGCUAAACCUUCAGGUCCAAGUACCUCCGGACCAACCGCGCCUCACAGUGACCAAAACCACAACCACCUCUAUCACACUGUCCUGGAUCCCUGGAGACAAUGGAGGAAGCUCCAUCAGAGGUUACAUUCUGCAGUUCUCUGAGGAUAACAGUGAGGAGUGGGGCAGUUUCUCCAUCAGCCCCAGUGAACGUUCUUACCGUCUGGAAAACCUGAAGUGCGGUACCUGGUACAAAUUUACUCUGACUGCACAAAAUGCAGUUGGACCUGGACGCAUCAGUGAAAUCAUUGAAGCUAAAACCCAUGGGAAAGAGCCACAGUUCGCCAAAGAUCACGAGCUUUUCUCAAGUAUCAACUCGACCCGUGUGGAGCUCAACCUCAUUGGCUGGAACAACGGCGGCUGUCCGAUCGACUCCUUCACACUAGAAUAUCGGCCGGUGGACACUACGAAAUGGACCAUGGUGAAGCGAGAUUCUCUCACCAAGAACCACAUUCUCUACGACCUACAGGAGGCCACCUGGUACGAGCUCCAGAUGAGAGUGGGCAACAGUGCGGGAACAGCAGAGAAGAGGGUGCUGUUCGCCACUCUAAACACUGAUGGCAGCACUAUUGCCCCAUUGCCAAAGACUGUGGACCCCAGCCAGGAGAACAGGCAGGGCAAUGAGGGACUUAAAAUGAUGGUAACAAUCAUCUGCAUUCUGGUGGCAAUUUCCAUGGUCUUUAUUGUUCUUCUGGUAUUAAGGAGAAGAAGAAGAGAGCAGAGGCUCAAAAGAUUACGAGAUGCAAAGAGCCUGGCAGAGAUGCUAAUGAGUAAAAAUGCACGUACACCAGACACUGUGAACAAACAGCAGCAGACUCUGAGGAUGCACAUCGAUAUCCCACGUGCUCAGUUACUCAUCGAGGAGAGAGACACUAUGGAGACAAUCGAUGACCGCUCCACAGUGCUGUUGACAGACAAUGACUUUGGAGAAACAUCUAAACAGAAGUCCUCAACCGUCACCCAUACAGUGCAUUACCAGUCUCUAUCUCAGGCCACUGGACCACUAGUAGACGUGUCUGAUGCUAGACCUGGUACAAACCCCACUGCCCGCCGCACAGCUAAAGCAGGUCCCGCCACACGCAGUCGAUACGCCAGCCAGUGGACCCUGAACCGACCGCACCCUCCCGUCUCCUCACACACCCUCACUACCGACUGGAGGCUUCCCACACCCCGCGCUACAGGCUCAGUGGACAAAGAGAGUGACAGUUACAGUGUCAGUCCCUCUCAGGACACAGACCGCGCUCGCAGCAGUAUGGUGUCUACAGAAAGCGCCUCCUCCACGUACGAGGAGUUAGCCCGGGCUUACGAACAUGCUAAGAUGGAGGAACAGCUGCGACACGCCAAGUUCACGAUCACAGAAUGUUUCAUCUCAGACACAUCCUCCGAACAGAUGACGGCCGGCACCAAUGACUACACAGACAGCCUGACGUCCAGCACGCCGUCAGAGUCAGGCAUUUGCAGAUUCACCGCUUCCCCACCCAAACCACAAGACGCCAGCCGGGUCAUGAACAUGGCCGUGCCCAAAGCACACAGACCUGCAGGUGAACUGGUCCAUCUUCCCCCUUACCUACGCAUGGACUUCCUUUUGAACCGGGGAGCAGCCCCUUCAGGUCGAGAGGCCACAGGACAGACUUGUAUGGACCCGCAGAAGAGCCGAAUGGCGAAGCGGCCAGCCUUGCUGGCUCCCACCCCCUCCGAGACCCCCUCGUCAGCCCUCUCUUCCUCCGGCCCCCCCAGCAGAGAGGCGGUACAGCAGUGGCAGCCGGGAACUGCCUCCACACUGCCACAGCGCGAGCCGGGCGACCUGGCCCAGGCCGCCAAACUCAGCAGCUCCCAGGAAUCGCUGCUAGACUCCAGAGGACACCUGAAACAAAGCAACAACCCCUACGCAAAGUCCUACACACUUGUAUAACACAGGACUACAGCCGCGGACCACGUUGCACUGUCACGCACACACAAACACGUGAGGACCUGCUGCAAAAAGACGAGCGCUUUUCUGAUUCAGAGAUGAGUCCUGUACAUACAUUCUGAAUUCCUAAAGAAGUGGAUAGUUUUCUUUGCAUCUGUCUUUCUUUCUUUCUUUCUAUCUAUAUGUCUAUCUAUCUCACUCUCUCUUUCUCUGCUGUUUUUUUUUUUACACUUUCUUUCUUUGGCUCACCUUCUUCUUCUUCUUCUUGCCCUCUUUUCUGACUAAGUUGGAUUUUUUACGUAAUCAUUCAUUUAUUUUAAAUACCACCGUUAUGAAGAUUGCCAAAAUUAUUUAUUUAAAUUGACAGAGGAACUACUUUUGAAUUUAUAUCAAGGAUAAUUCUAUAGUCAUUAUUAUUAUUAUUAUUAUAUAAAAAUAGAGAAAAAUUAUCAAAAAAUGGUUUAAAAAAGGCGGGGUGUGGUCAGCUCUGCAGGAAGAUGUUUCUUUCUCUAUCCAUGACUCUGUUGUUUUGAUGAAACUAUGAGGUGUGGUCGGCAUUUUUCUGAAGCUGUUUGUCACAGCGGUGUUAUCUGAUGAUCGCAGAAGACGUGGAGGAAGGACAACGAGUCCACAUUUUCCAGUCGUCUCAGAAUGUUGUGCUUUCUAAGGACUGCAUGGGGACCUGAAAAUUAAAAAAAAAGAUUUUCGUCACACUAAGGGAUUAUAUAAUGUUAUAACAUAUGUUAUGACAUUAUAUGUUAUAAUAUACGUUAUAAUAUAUAUAUAUAUAUAUAUAUAUAUAUAUAUAUAUAUAUAUAUAUAUAUAUAUAUAUAUAUAUAUACAUACAUACAUGAAGAGAUCACUUUUAUUUGUGGAUAAUACAGGGAAAAAAAAAAAAGAUUUGGUAAAUAAAGUCCUUAGUCAUGUUUGCACACAUCUGGUUUGAUUAGAAAAUUAAAACUGUUGGGUUCUCUUGUCUUUUUUUCCACUCCUGGAGCUUUUUUUGUGACUGAGUAACGGUAGUUUCAUCGGAUGAGCUGCAGAGCAUGUGUGACACAAAGAGAGAACCGUGGAAGAUCUGCAGUUUUCUCCAGCAGCUCCUUGAAUGAAUGGUAUCUGAUUCACCUGUUUGUAGAUGGUGUGGCCUGUUUUGUGUAAGACACGCAACAAAGAGAAGAUAUUUUAAUUGAGCAAUAUGACACUGGAUUUACUAAUAAUUUCGUAAUUCUUGGACAUCUUGAAGUACUAACAGAUAUGAAUGUAUUCAGUAAUGCAUAAUGAAAAAUAAACCCGAAGAUGAUUGACAAUAAAGAGACAAACUAAUGACACAGUCUCUAAACUAUAAUUGACAAACGUUUUUUAAUGAUGACGGAAGACAGGCAGAACGACGGAGACACGUUCACAGAAGUGUUCUGAUAUCCAAUGCUCCACUUUUUUUGCCAUUCGAGAUGUCAAGCCUGCGAUUCGAAUGUCGGUCUAGCUGCUUGCCUUAAACAUGGAAAGACCAAAAUGAUAAGUCACGACGUGUGAAAUGACAAUGUUAAAGAUGAUAUAUCCUCAAAAAGUAUAAUAUGAGAAUUAGCUGAAGUCGGCAAAAUAAUGGCAUAAUGCACAAAAAAAUCGAAAGGGUCCAGGACAAGAAGUCAAGGGGAUGUUUUGUGACCACGUCACACAUUUGUGAUGGUAACCAACAGAUGGCACUACUGAAAUGUUUAUGAAUACUGUCUGUAGGAGGAGCUCUUCUGUUGGAUUUCUCCUCAGUCAGUUGAAAACCAGCACAUGCAGUUAUUAAUGCACUCACGCUAUAGCAAAUCAGUAAAAAUUUAAUGACACUCGUGUUGAUCUGGACACCUCCAACUCAACUCUGAGAACUACAGUUCACUAAAACAGAUGAAGUGGUUACAUUUUCUUUACUUUUUCUUUCAUUCGGUUAAACGUGUCUAACAACGGUCCCGCUCCAGAAUGAAAAUAGAGUUAGAAACAUACAAAUGUUUUAUGCAUGUAGGACAGAAAAUGACACCUAAGAACACUAACAUAUAAUAAAAACUAAAAUAUUUAUUUAUAUUUUUGUACAACCUCUCUGAAUUUUGUCAAAAAUCUGUAUCUACACCACAAUAACGCAAAGUUUGACAGUAUGACUCGAUGAACCUAUCAUUCAAACACUGAUGAGAAUACAGGUUUGCUGUGUUGACAAAAUAACUAUAUUUUGAAUACGACGCAGGCUUAUUAAAUGCAGUUGUUUUGAAUUUUCCGGAGUUGCUAACCCUUUUAAAGAUUGGAUAGAGGGGUUUUUAAAAGCCCGGUCAACCAUGAGAAUGGCAACUUCAUAAAAAAAAAAAAUGAUCCUGACCACAGAUUGUGUACAAUCUAAAAAAAAAAAAAAAAAAAAAAUUCUGGGUUAAACGAAACCCAAUAAAAUAAAAAAUGACUGGAUUUGUCCAUACUUCAGUGUGCACGCUGAUAUCCAUUUGACGUCAAAUAUAUUAGUCGAGACUUGAUCGAGAUGCUGUAACAUCAUUUUAAAUUCAGUUUGGAUGGCAAUUUCUUCCAGUGCUAAUUGAGUGAAAAUAGGAAGUUAAUACCACGCUGAAAUUGGUUUAAUGUAUAUGUAGGCCAAUAUGUUUGAUUCAAUUAAUAUCAAAUCAAUGUCACAUCAAGUUUUGACGUCAGUUUGAUCUACAUAUUUGACCUGUUUUUUGAUCAGUUUUGAUGUUAGUAUGAUGUCUUUUCACCAUCACUUAGCCCGCUGGGGUGACUUGAAAAUAUACAGUAAUGAGACAAUAAUAUAAGAUGUAUAAUGUAACAAAUGACUAUUUCUAUUUCAAAUAAAUGUUGUUCUUCAAA